AUGCGAGCACGAAUCCCCUUCUCGCCGUCACAGCCUCGCGCGGCGCGCUGCCUUCCGCUCUGGCUCCUCCUGGUCGGUGCCCGCGUCGCCCUCCUCGUUGCCGCUUCGCCGUACCCCAGGGAUGCCCUCCACGACGCCGGCUACUCCUUCGUCAUGCCCCGAAACUGCGCCUCCUACUGCGGCGCGGAUAACCAGCUCUGCUGCGGCUCCGACGAGGCCUGCACCACGCUGGCCGGCAACAUUGCCACCUGCCUGCGCGGCUCCUACGCCGGCGGCUACGUCGUCACCACGUGGACCGAGACCAGGACCUACACGAGCACCAUCAUGACGCAUUGGAUUCCCGCGCCGAGCCCGACGCCCGGCGUCGACUGCAAGCCCCAGAGUCCCGAGCAGCAGCCCUGCGGGCCGAUAUGCUGCGCGGGCUGGCAGACGUGCGCCUACAGCGGCCAGUGCGCCGCGCGCCCCGGCUACGUCGAGCCCUCCGCCGUCGUCAUCACGUCCAAUGGCGUCGUCACGACGCGGUACUCCGCGCCGUACCGCGUGACCGGCGUCGUGACCGUCGUCAACAGCGGCGUUCCGUCCACUCCGCCCGCCAACACCGCCGCCCCCGCCGCCACCACCACCACCUCGGCCAGCCCGACAUCCACUAGUGACGGAGACACCAUCGGGGCCGACGGGAGCAACAGGGGUGGCACCGGGGGCGGCUUGAGCCCCGGCGCCAUUGCCGGCAUCGUCAUUGGCACCCUGGCCGGCGUCGCUCUCCUCAUGCUCCUCUGCUUCUGCUGCAUCGCCCGCGGUCUCUGGGGCCUCAUCUUUGGCGGCAACGGUACAAAAAAGAGGGAGACGGAAAAGAUUAUCGUCGAGGAGGAAUCCUACUCCCGCCACGGUAGCCGCGCGCCCUCUGCCUACUCUCGUCGCGACCGCCACUCGGGCUGGUUUGGCGGCCGCCGACCUGCCCCCGCCGGCGCUCGACGUGACAAGAAGUCGGACGGCAAGUGGUGGUUGGCCCUCACCGGCGGAGCUACCGCUUUGCUCGCCUUGCUCAACUUCAAAAAGGACAAGAAGCCUGUUCGCAAGGCGGCUCCAUCCUCGAGGUAUAGCGACUCGUACUACACCUACUCGGACGCUACCGAUUACACAAUCAGUGCCUCAAGUUCAGGCGGUCGAACCCAUCGCACCGGCCGCACCGCCCGCAGCUACCGCAGUGGCCGCUCCCGGGACAGCCGAGGCGGAGCGUCGUACUAUUCCCGCGCCGCUUCGCGUCGACCGUGA